AUGCUCCGCGUACGAGAUUCACCCGAGGAUUCCUCACAGCCGCUCAUCCCUGACAACCGCAUAGCCCUCGAUGCACCGCAACCGCCCGAUGGAGAAACGGGAAAUGCCGCGGGGAGCGCGGCGGGCUCGGAGCAUAAUUCCGCGCAGGCGCAACCGGAAUCUCCCCCAAGCGGCGCAACUCGAGCGCGCAUGCCCUGGUGGGGCGCGCCGCUUCUCUGCCUCGCGCUCGUCGCCGUCUCUUCCGCUGGAGCCGUCACGAAAACCAUUCGCGACGCCGAUCCCGUCGCCGUCGCAAGCUGGCGACUGCAGGCGUCGUCGCUCGUUCUCCUUCCGGGCUUCUUAUUCGAGCUCAUCCAAUGCCUGCUGACGUGGCGCAAUCAGCGCAGUCGCCGCGAGCGCGUCGUUGGUCCCACUGCACAUCCAAUCGGAGAAUCUCUUAACGAAGCCGAAUCUGCGCGAAUCCUUCCCGAGGAGGAUCCCGAUAUUCCUGAAAUCGAGCAGCAGCAGCAUCUCCCCUCCCCUCCACUCCCCCCUCCGCUCACCCUCUUCCUCCUCCUCCUCCUCUCCGCCUGCGCGCUCGCCCUCCAUUUCGCGCUCUGGAUCCUCUCCCUGCGGCUCACCUCCCUCGCGCACUCCCUCCUCUUCGUCUCCACGCCCCCGCUCCUCCUCGCCCUCGCGCAUCUCGUCUCAGGCGCGCCCCUCUCGCGCGCAGAGGCGCUGGGGACGCUGCUGGGGGGGGUGGGCGCGGCGGUGGUGGCGCUGGGGGGAAGUGCGGGAGCUGGGGGGGGCAGUAAUGGUGCUGCCGGGAGUUUGAUAGGCGUGGGAAGUGCUUCUGGUGCUGGUGCUGAAAGCAGCAGCGGUGGUAUUGGUGGUAACGGUAGUGGUGGCGGUUUUGGUAACGGUGGUUUCCUUGGUGGUGGUAAUGAUGAUGAUGAUGCUGUGUCUGUGCAAGGGGAUGUGGCAGCACUGCUAGCGGCAGCAGCAUUCGUGGUGUAUGUGUGGGUGGGAGGGAGAGUGCGCAAGUCCCUCCCUCUGCAUCUCUACGCCCUGCCUGUGACUGCAGCUGCUGGAAUCAUGCUCGCUGCUGCUGCCUGCCUCACACCCCUCGUAGACCCCUCGCAUGCAUGCCCUCCCCAUGCCAGCACAGCACAUGCUGCUCCUGCAGGAACAAUAGCAGGAACAACAACAGCAGGAGUGCAGGUACCAGGCAUGGCAUCAUGGGCAGCAGUUGUGGCAGGAGCCGAGGUGGGGAUGGCGUCAAGAGCAGGAGCAAGAUCAGGAGCAACAUGGCAACCCCUGGCCUGGCUCUCUCCCCCGUUCCUCGCACCCACGCUCUUCCUCGCCCUGGGCCCCGGGUACAUGGGUCACACAGGCCUCAACGCUCUCCUGCGCUACACCACGCCUCUUGUCAUCGCCAUCGCAAUCACUGUAGAGCCACCGCUCGGCUCGCUCAUUGGCUGGGCUAUCGGCCAGUCAGGCGCUCCGGAUGCUGCGACAUGGGUUGGGGGGGCGCUGAUGGUGGGGGCGACGCUCUGGGUGGCACUUGAAAGCGAGCGGGCGAGAGGGAGGCAAUGA